ACGACUCAUUCGCUCGCUCUUCCACUGAGCUGUCAGACACGUUAGAUAUUAAAAUAUAGAUGGCCAGCUAGCUAAGGAACUAUUUGACUCUUCAACAGCGUUUUCCCAUUUAACAAUAGCUGUUCUCGUCUUACUAUGACUCUCAGGUGAUCUUCAGAGAGUCCAGGUGGUUCUGGGGUCCAGGUUCGUGUCGUGAGAGGGAGAGCUACAGAGGGGAGGAGGAACAUCUGGGGGCGUCGCUGCCCGGGUUCUCAAGCGGUGCUCAGUGGGUUUGGUGACUCAUCUGCAGAAUGGAGAAAGAAGACCUGAAGAUCGUGAACAAGGAUGAGGAGGAUGAGAUGGAGCUCCAGGGGUACCGUGUGUGUCGGUGGCGUGUGGCGGUGGUGGGUCUUUGGGUGCUCUGUACGGGGGGCUUCCUUCUGCUGCUGCUCUACUGGAUGCCAGAAUGGUGUGUGAAGGCCACCUGUAGCCGGACCACUGUCAGAGAGGCUGAAGUGGUGCUGCUCCAAUCCACUGAUGAGUUUAAGCGCUGGUUCCUAGCCAAGGUGCGUGUGAUGCUGGCCCCCGGGAGGAACCCCUUUGACAGCCUGGAGACCCAGACAACUCCCCCCAUGGCCAACGGACACUCCCCCCACUCCUCGAACAGCCCCACCCAGGAGUUCAACAGGAAGUACGCAGAGUACCAGCCCACUCAGAUUCGCUAUUUUACACUCCAUAGCACAAAGUACUACUGGAACGACGAGGUCCAGAAUUUUGAGGUGUUAACGGGCUUGGAAGACCUGGAGGUGACCUGUUCCAACAUCCACUCAGAGCACAGCACGGGGCUCACCAGCAACCAGCAGGAGUACAGGAGACUGUUUUUUGGAGUGAAUGAAAUUGCAGUGAAAGUGCCUUCAGUUUUCAAGCUGCUAAUCAAAGAGGUCCUCAACCCUUUCUACAUCUUCCAGCUCUUCAGUGUGAUCCUGUGGAGCGCCGACGAAUACUACUACUAUGCCGUAGCCAUCGUCUUCAUGUCGGUCAUAUCCAUAGCUACCUCUCUGUACACCAUUAAAAAGCAAUACGUCAUGCUUCACGACAUGGUGGCAGCACACAGUAUUGUCCGUGUUUCAGUCUGCAGAGCCAACAACGACAUCGAGGAGGCCCUGUCCACUGACCUGGUGCCCGGCGAUGUCAUGGUCAUCCCUAGCAACGGGACCAUCAUGCCGUGCGAUGCGGUGUUGGUCAGCGGCACCUGCAUUGUCAACGAGAGCAUGCUGACAGGUGAGAGUGUGCCGGUCACCAAGACCAACCUCCCCAACCCUGGUGAGGGGGACAAGGAGGGUGACGGGGCCUACAGCAUGGAGGAGCACAAGAGACACACCCUCUUCUGUGGCACGCACAUCAUACAGACUCGUUUCUACUCAGGGGAACUGGUCAAGGCAGUGGUGGUCCGCACAGGCUUCAGCACAGCUAAGGGCCAGCUGGUGCGCUCCAUCCUCUACCCCAAGCCCACGGACUUCAAGCUGUACCGCGACGCCUACCUCUUCCUGCUGUGCCUGGUGGCUAUAGCCGGUAUCGGCUUUGUCUACUCCAUUGUCCUCAGCAUCAUGAACAAGGUACCAGCCAAGACCAUCAUCAUCGAGUCCCUGGACAUCAUCACCAUCACCGUGCCCCCCGCGCUGCCCGCUGCCAUGACGGCGGGCAUCGUGUACGCCCAGCGCCGACUCAAACGCAUCGGCAUCUUCUGCAUCAGCCCCCAGAGGAUCAACAUCUGUGGCCAGCUCAACCUGGUCUGCUUCGACAAGACGGGUACACUCACAGAGGAUGGACUAGACUUAUGGGGAGUCCAGAGAGUGGAGAAUGGCUCUUUCCACCUGUCAGAGGAGAAUGCUUACAAGGAGAGUCUGGUCAAGUCCCAGUUUGUAGCCUGCAUGGCCACCUGCCACUCUCUUACCAAGAUUGAUGGCCAGCUGUCCGGAGACCCUCUGGAUCUGAAGAUGUUUGAGGCCACAGGUUGGAUCCUGGAGGAGGCCACUGAGGAGGAGACCUCCCUCCACGACCGCAUCAUGCCCACCGUGGUGCGGCCCCAGCAGCUGAUGCCCCCCGAGCCCGUCAUGUCACCCGAACAGGACAUGGAGCUGUAUGAUUUGUCGUUGGCCUAUGAGAUUGGUGUUGUGCGUCAGUUCCCCUUCUCCUCGGCGCUGCAGAGGAUGUGUGUGGUAGCCCGUCUGCUGGGGGAGAAGCGCAUGGAUGCCUACCUCAAGGGGGCGCCCGAGGUGGUGGCCAGCCUCUGCAAGAAAGACACUGUUCCAGAGGACUUUGCGGAUGUUCUGGAGGACUACACCAAGCAGGGUUUCCGGGUCAUCGCUCUGGCCCACCGCCGCCUCGAGUCCAAACUCACCUGGCACAAAGUCCAGAACGUCAACAGGGACCAGAUAGAGGCCAACAUGGAGUUCCUGGGGCUGAUCAUCAUGCAGAACAAGCUGAAGGCUGAGACCGCCGGGGUACUGGAGGACCUCCGCAGGGCACACAUCCGCACCGUCAUGGUCACUGGUGACAACAUGUUGACGGCCAUCUCAGUGGCCAGGGACUGUGGCAUGAUCCCCCCUCAGGACCGGGUCAUUAUCGCCGACGCGCUGCCCUCCAAAGAUGGUCAGUCGGCCAAGAUCAACUGGCGCUACGCAGACAAACCCAGCAAACAUGUGGGCAAAGCCCCACGCCUGGAGGAAAUAGAGAUCAGUCUAGAGGAUGUGUGUCACACUGACGAGCCCACGUCUCAGGACCAGUACCACUUCGCCAUGAGUGGCAAGUCCUUUGCUGUCAUCUCUGAGCACUUUCAGGAUGUGCUGCAGAAGUUGGUGCUGCGUGGGACAGUGUUUGCCCGAAUGGCCCCCGACCAGAAGACCCAGCUCAUUGAAGCACUGCAGAGUGUGGACUAUUUUGUGGGCAUGUGUGGAGAUGGCGCAAAUGAUUGUGGUGCUUUGAAGAGGGCUCAUGGUGGGAUCUCUCUCUCCGAGCUGGAGGCCUCUGUAGCCUCUCCCUUCACCUCCAGGACCCCCAACAUCUCCUGUGUGCCCAGCCUCAUCAGAGAAGGGCGAGCGGCUCUCAUCACCUCCUUCUGUGUGUUCAAGUUCAUGGCCCUCUACAGCAUCAUCCAGUACAUCAGUGUCACCCUGCUCUACUCUAUCCUCAGUAACCUGGGAGACUUCCAGUUCCUCUUUAUCGACAUCGCUAUCAUCCUUCUCAUCGUCUUCACCAUGUCUCUGAACCCAGCGUGGAAGGAGCUGGUGUCGAGGCGUCCCCCCUCAGGUCUGAUCUCAGGCCCUCUGCUGUUCUCCGUACUGACUCAGAUCCUCAUCUGUCUGGGCUUCCAGACCAUCGCUUUCCUCUGGGUCCGACACCAGGCCUGGUACGACAUCUGGACGCCAGAGUCCGAUGCCUGCAACUCGUCCCCCCAUGCCAACUUCUCCCCGAAGCACAACUCCUCUGAGGACGACCACAACAUCAAGAACUACGAGAACACCUCCCUGUUCUACGUCUCCUCCUUCCAGUACCUCAUCGUGGCCAUCGUCUUCUCCAAGGGGAAGCCCUUCAGACAGCCCAGCUAUAAAAACUGGCCCUUCGUGGUGUCAUGUAUUGGCUUGUACAUAUUUCUGUUCUUCAUCAUGUUCUACCCUGUGUCUGCUAUCGAUGAAUUCCUAGAGAUUGUAUGUGUUCCAUUUGAAUGGAGAAUCGCUCUGUUCUUCAUCAUCGUAGUCAAUGCAGCCGUGUCUGUCUUGGCAGAGACCCUCGUCCUUGACGUCGUCUUAUGGAAGCUUGUGUUCAGCCGAGACAAGCAGGGCAGCUAUGGCACCACCCCCGCCACCCCGACAACACAGGGUGGCAUAGACUUCUGGGGACCCAAGUGUCUGUCGUGGCUGUGCUGCCGGCAGAGGAAGGUACCCAAGGCACUCUACAUGCACCUGGCCCAGGAGCUGAGCGUGGACCCCGACUGGCCCCAACCCACCACCACCACCGAAGCCAAUCCCCCACCGCCCGGCAACACCCCAGAAAACUGCUCCUCCUGCCAGAUCAUGGCCGAUUCCUAGCACCCCCCCGCCCCCGAUCUUGCUAAAGCAGAUAUACAUACACGACCAAAAGGACAAACUGUUGUCUAUGAAAAGGACGAGGCGAAAGA